AAUUUUCUCUGCGCGGUGUUAGCUAUAUAAUUAGUUUGAUUUAAUGUAAAAUGGCUUUAAAUAAAUAUAUGCACCCGCGUAAUAUCUACAAAACCCCUCCAGACUUCUUAAUGUUAUCAAAAUCAUAUGAAGAAUUUUCUAGUAUUGCUAAGAAGGAUAUUACCGGUAAGGUUACAAUAGACUUCAAAGAUCCGCGUUCUUUACGAGUUCUUACUAAGUGCUUGCUGAAGUCAGAUUUUGGUCUUGAUGUAGUUAUUCCUGAAGACAGACUUGUACCUACUUUACCCCUGAGACUAAACUAUGUAUUAUGGAUUGAGGACUUGCUCAAUUCAGUAGGUAGAAAAGAAAAUAUUAAGGGAUUGGACAUAGGAACAGGAGCAUGUGCCAUAUAUCCUCUUCUUGCUGCAGUAACAAAUAAGUGGUAUAUGUUGGGCACAGAAACUGAUAAAGAAAGUAUUCAAAAAGCACAAGAAAAUAUUGAGCGAAAUAAUUUACAGCAUAUAAUACAAUUGAGUAAAAAUCCAACAUCAUCUCUGAUGGAGUACUUGUUUGCUGAUGAUGGUGAGCUGUUAUUUGAUUUCUGCAUGUGCAAUCCACCAUUCUACAGCAAUAUUCAGGAACUGUGUGAAUCUCGUAGUCCAGCUAGACUUCCACCAAAGAAUGGCUUCACAGGAUCUCCUCAAGAACUAAUCACCGAAGGCGGAGAGUUGUCAUUUUGUAGAAAAAUGAUAGAAGAAAGCAAGAUAUAUAAGGAUAAAGUACUCAUAUUCACUACCAUGAUUGGCCAUAAAUACAAUCUAAGGGAACUCAUGCAGGAUUUAACAGCUGACAACAUUCAACAUACCAGCACAGAAUUCUGCCAAGGUCGUGUUACACGUUGGGGACUCGCUUGGACAUUCAAGGACCUAAACAUUUCUAAACUAGUUCCAGCACGAGAUAAGCUACGUAAGAAGAGUGUACCAAUAGAAUACUUACUCCAAGAAAUACCAGGUUUAUCUUAUGACAUAGACACUGUCAGUAUGAAAUUAUUAUUAAUAAUGCAAGAUUUAAAAAUCAGUUACAAAAUACUAAAUAAAAGAGGGAACAUUUUAUCUGUUGACAUGAAAGCUGUUGAAAACACCUGGUCCAACCAAAGACGAAAGAGGAGGCUCAUGAAGCUUUCCAAACAGGGUGACCCAAAGAAGCCUAAACUUGAAGAUAGUUCUGAUAUGGUUGAUGGAGCUUUACCGAAAAUUAUAGUUACUCCACCAGAUGAUGGUAAAGAUAAUAAUACCAAGCAAAUUGUAGCUGGGGAAUCAAAUGUGGAUGAUAAUGUAAAAGUUGACCUAUCCAGUAUAGAUUCCAAAGAAAAUGAUAAAAAAUCCGAUGACACACUCAAAGGUAGCAGUGAAUCGAAAAACAUAAAUACUGAACUAAGUAGUAUUAACAAUGAACUUAAGACUGCCACACAACACAAUGAUAGUAAAAUUUCUACUGCUUUUUAUUCAGAGUCCUUCAGUUCAAAAUCUUCCAUUGAUACCAACACCCUGGUGCAUGCAUUCUUCAAAGUCCUGAAAAAAGAUAAAUACAUAUUCCUUGAAAUGGAAUUUUUAGAUGGAUCUGCUGGUAAAGAGGGUCUACAUCAAAUAAUGCAGUAUAUUAAAAAUCAUUGGAAAUAAUUA